GAUAAUUUUAAUUACACUAAUUGCUUGUGAAAGAUGGAUUAACUUCAGCGCCUUCCCUUGUUGACAUUAGUUUUACCCAGCGCUUUAGAGGGAAAUGUUCCAACCUCGUCGUGGUUUCAGUUGCCAUUUGGCAUGGUUCAUGCUGCAGACGACCCUCUACGCAUCCUGGCUACUGGGACUGUUCCCCUUCACUUUCGAUUCCCGGAGAAAGCAGUUGAAACGCUCCCGAUGGCUUCUACUCUACGGUUUCAUUCUGAAUUCUCUGGCCAUGUGCCUAGCCUUGAGUAGCCACCUGGCGUCUAAGCAGCGAAGGAAAUAUAAUGCAUUUGAGCGCAAUCCGCUGUUGGAGAAAAUAUAUCUGCAGUUCGAGGUUACUGCAUUCUUGACUAUAAGCGUACUACUGCUCAUGAAUGUUUGGAAAAGCAACACGGUUCGGGAAAUUGCCAAUGAGCUACUCACCCUAGAGGGCCAGGUAAAAGACCUUCUCACUCCGAAGAAUUGUCCCAACUUUAACUGUUUCGUGAUUAAAAAACAUGUGGCUGUAAUAGGUCAGCUCAUGAUUUCAAUUUACUUCUGUCUACGCCAAGAAAAUUCGUACCCGAAGAUCCUUAAGAUCCUUUGCUGCCUGCCAUCGGUGGGCUCGCAACUGAUUAUAAUGCACUUUCAUACCGAAAUUAUUUUGGUCUACCGCUACGUGUGGCUGGUCAAUGAAACCCUUGAAGGGUCUAACCAUCUGAGCUCCUCAAGAAUUCGCGCACUCGCAUCCUUGUACGAUCGCCUGCUGAAGCUGAGUGAAUUGGUGGUUGCGAGCAACGAUUUGCAGCUGAUCCUUAUGCUAACUAUCUAUUUAAUCGGAAACACUGUGCAAAUCUUUUUCCUCAUCGUGCUCGGAGUGAGCAUGAACAUGCGGUAUAUUUACUUAGUGGCUUCCCCUCAAUUGAUCCUUAAUAUAUGGGAUUUCUGGCUGAAUAUCGUGGUGUGCGAUCUCGCCGGAAAGUGUGGAGAUCAGACCUCAAAGGUCCUGAAACUGUUCACUGAUCUGGAGCACGACGAUGAGGAAGUGGAGAGAAGUGUGAGUAUAUGGAAACAAAGUGGCAACGAACUUAAUAUAUCCUUAUUCCGACAGUUGAACGAAUUUGCAUGGCUGUGCACCCACCGCAAGUUUCGGUUUCAGCUGUGUGGUCUCUUUUCCAUUAACUACAACAUGGGCUUUCAAAUGAUCAUCACCAGUUUUCUUUACCUGGUUUACCUGGUUCAGUUCGACUUCAUGAACUUGUAAAGUUGUCUUUGCAGCGACAAAUAAAAUGUUUAGGAUAAGCUAAAAGUCCAUCUUUAACUAUUGCCAAACAAUUCCCCCUUAAAUUCGAGAGUAGUGUGUGACAUUAUUAUUUUCCUGCCAGGAGCGUGACAUCCGCGACAUAUACUUUCCCCGAUUCGUGAGUGAUACGUGAUUGGAAAUAAUUUAAGAUGCUGCGAUAAAGCAAUUUGCGCAAAUUUAAGAUGAAAGAGGCGACGGACGGGGCACAGCCACAGCCAAACUCACAUAAAAUGGAAGCAUUUUCACAACUGUCAUUGAAAUGUCAACAUAAAUCUACUGACAUCCAGUGCCAGGUCCUCUUCGUCCUGUUCGUCCUGCGCUCCUUUCGCCAUUUCUCCGCUUCCCCAUUUCUCCGCCGCCGCUUUCCCAGCGACUUUUGCGCGCUGCGUGACGUAAAUGCUGAUGAAUAUUUCUCAUCUGUUGGCUGCGGUUCUCCAGCUGAAGUGGGGCGCGUUGGAGGAGGAGGAGCUGCCUGGUGAUGCGGAGCCUUCCCUGCAGUUGAAAUGGUGUCCUGCCUUCCAGCUCAUCGCAACACAGAAAAAAUAAACUAAUAAAGGAA